UACUGGUGUCAACAAUAAUCGAUGCGGCGAUGCAUCCCGAUGCGGGCCAUGGACGAUGCGAUUCGAUGCGGGCAACAAGCCGAAUCGAUUCAGCACAUAUUAAAAUAUAUAAAUCCGUUCAAAAAUCUUCCAGUGAUGCAAUGGAUUUGGUCUCACCAUUUGUAUUAUUAUUCUCAUGUUUACCUGUAGAGGGAGCUAUUGUACAAGCAAUGCAGGGGGGAUGAGGAACUAAAAUUGGCUUCCUCACGGGAGUAACGUCACAGACAUGCGCAAUUGCGCAGUGGCACUCAAAGCAGAGAUAAGACAUAAUAACAAUGGCUAAAGCGGAGAAAGAGGAAGCGCGAAAGAUUAUUGACGCACCAAAGACAUUGAAAGCAGGCAUAUGGAGACAUUUUGGCUUCUAUGAGGCCGUCGCAAUCCAUUGAAAAGCUCGCGACAUCUUCCUCUCCGUCAAGUUCUGCCCCGACACCACGCCCUCGGGUCCCGAUGGAGCGGCGCUGUGCGUGGAUCUCCUCCGAGAUGCUCUCCAGGCGACGCAAUGCCGCACGAUGACACGUUCCUCAAGCACCCUCUUAUACAUGAUAGAAUUCAUGGUGGAUUCUACGAUGGUGAACUGGCCAGGUCCUGCUGCAGCAAAGCAUCCCCAAAUCAUGACACUUCCACCUCCAUCCUUCACAGUUGCGUCCCCUUUUGCCUGUGCAUCAUGCACUCACUCGCCCGCCGGACUGCUUUCAUAACGGAGCGGAAUGGCGCUGUCUUCCAACUGACUGGAUUGUAAAGACGAGAUGCGCAGAGCGAAAAGCGGCUGCUGAUGCGACCACCAGCUCGGCUCCUCUUUGUCUCUCGUCAACAUCCGCAUCGAGGAGCGCCUUUGUGGGCAGGAGGAAGGAGGCAGGGAGGCAGCGCGUGGGGGCCAAGCGAGGAUGGAGUUCAAGCAUCUGGUGGAAGCGGCCGAGAAGUGGUGCUCGGGGAACCCCUUCGAGCUCAUCUUCGCCGAGGAGGACGACGAGAGGCGGCUGGACUUCUACGCGGAGCCCGGCGUCUCCUUCUACGUGCUGUGCCCGGGCGGAACCGACACUUUCCACGUGUGGAGCGAAAGCGAGGACUGCCUACCAUUCUUACAGCUGGCUCAGGAUUACAUCUCGUCCUGCGGCAAGAAGACCCUGCUGGAGGUGCUGCAGAAGGUCUUCACGUCCUUCAGGCCUCUGCUGGGGCUCCCUGACAUAGAAGACGAGACGUUUGAGCACUACCACACCGAUGUGGAGGGCGAGCCGGGGCCCGACCAUCAGCAGAUGGGGGUCAGUCAGCAGUGACGAGCCAGCCCCCACGCACACUUGAGAAGAGAGAAGCCGGCCAGGGGUCCGAGGGGCCUCACUACUGACACACACACAUAGGGCCAACGUAUUUCAAAAUGCACCAUCAUGUUCUUGAAUGUUGCUUUGCUUUCUAAAGGCGUGUGCUCUGUUGCACUUGAUUGACCCCCGCCCCCGCACACAAGCAUAACAGGGCUAUGUGACCGAGUAUCAUAAUCAUUCACCGUUUUUGGUUAACGUUCCACGGCAUCGCAGUUACGCCGACAACAUGCAAACACCGAAAUGGAGGACUGAUAGGCGAAAAACACCGAAUGAGGAAAACCAUAUUUUUUUGUUUCCGUUUGCGAACUUCAAGUGUUUCAACAGUGUUUCCCCAAAAAGCAUUUUAUCAUCACAUGGGGCAUGGAGAAUUUCUGGAGUUACAUAACUGUACAAAGACACUUUUUUUCCCUUAAGCUAUCUUGUGACUGUCACAACAAAAGGCCGCGUGCUGCAGAGUUGACGCGCUUCCUGAUUCUAGUGUCACAUAACACUAUUAUUUAUCUGUAGCUCUUAAUUGUGGUCUUCCUAGUUAUUGCCUCUCCCAGCACAAACCGUCUAAAUAGAACUCAUUGGCUGACAAUGACGGCGAUAGACGUCCGAUCCUUUUGGACUGGAAGGGCUGGCAGUGAAUUCAAAGGACCGGAUGUCUAUCUCCGUCAGUGGAAUGAGUUAACUUUAGCGUAAUUCAACGACAUCUAUAAAUAGACUCCAGUCAAGGGCGUAGGUUUGCAUAGGGAAAUAACACUACCAACUUUUCAAGAUGCUCAAAUUGUCCCCACCAACUUUUAAGCAACCUAUUAUGCAUUAUAAAAUGAGUUCAAUUAUAGAGGUAAUUUCCUAAUAUGUUGUAAGGACAGAAUGUACCCUACCAUUAUUAAGUGAAUUAUUUUCAUUAUGUUCAAACUUAAUUUACCCCUUUUCACUUGCUAAAUGUGCCGGUCCACAAACAUGUCCCCCACAAAUGUACGUUGAUUGUCUGAUGACUUCACCAACCUACAACACAUACACGCAAGCCGACACUAACACAGCCCCGACAGAAAUAAAUGUUGACAACAUGCCCCCUUCGAAGAUAUGUUUUUUUUCGGCCAGCAGCAGCCAUUGUAAGUAAUUUAAAAAGACGCCAUUCGCCAGUGUUGUGGAGGUGGGAAACACACCACUAAUUUUACUAUUGAACGCCCGAUCUGCAUCAGAGUUAGCAUAACAUUAAACUGUGUGAACUUGCUAACUUGCAAAACUCCAGUAGGAAGCUAAUUAGAGAGAAGUGUCCUUCUGUCUUUGUUUAUAUAUUUUUUUUGGAUGCCGCAAGCUAACCACAUUAGCGUUGCGAUCGACUGGUCGAUUGUGAUUGGCAUAAUGAGCACCCCUGAUUUAGCAUAUCAAUUAAUUAGUUUCAUAUUUGUGAGAAAUGUAGCCCUGACCACCCAAUCUGUUUGGUCUUAUUACCGUAUUGGCCCAAUAUAAGAUGGCCCUGAUUAUAAGACGACCACCUCUUUUUCAAGACUCAAGUUUGAAAAACGACUUUUUGAACACCAAAGUAAUUUUUAUACAGAAAAAAACAUCCGAAACAAAUGAUUAUAACAAUAUAUUUGAGAGAAAAAGCAUGUUAUUUUGCCUCAUUCAAAUCUUAAUAUCUCAACAUUUAAAUAUAUAAACUAAAGUGCAAUCACAUUCAUAAAUGAUUGGAUUCUGGUUUUUGAAAUGUAAAUAAACCAAUCUAUUGUGAUAAAACAACAAAAUUGCAAUAACUGCAUUAACAACUAACUGUAACUGUAGUCUUGAAACAAAUCUGAAAAAAUAUUGCAAUAAAAUAAUGCAAAUGGUUAAACUUGAGAGUAGCUGAGAUUUGUCAUGACAGAACAUCGCUUCAAUGAUAUCUGGCGCCAUCUAGCGUCGUGAAUGGGGAGAGUAGCUUAGAGCUGUCAUGACAGAACAUCGCUUCAAUGAUAUUUGGCGCCAUCUAGCGUCGUGAAUGGGUAUAAUGUCUAGACCGCGAAUAUAAGACGACCCCCUCUUUUUCAAUCUUAUUUCAAUGCAAAAAACACCGUCUUAUAUUCGGGCCAAUACGGUAAUAUCCCACCCGAGCAAAAAAUAUACAUGCAGGCUAUGCUGUCAUAUCGUCCCUACUAAUGUUGAGAUGAAACAAACGCCCUUGACUCCGGUUGUACACCUUUUCUUUCGUGACAGCGUAAAUCUUAUUUCUAUUGCAAUUUGCCGCUUGAAACUACCCAGUUUUGCCUUCACCACAAAGGAGGUUUAUCUGAAGCCUGUGUUUGUGUCAUUCUAGGCCCCUUUCAUUGUUCCUCAAGCAGUGUAUCCUUAAUGCGUUUGUCCCCGAGACAUGCGUGCGUGUGUGCAGUUGUUCCAAUAAAGCGUGUGAAUCCA